CAUGCCUCCCGUUUGUUUUGUUUGUUUACAUCGGUUUCUGACUCAAACCAAAGAAAUUUAUCAUGCCCUGCAUGUCUUCUACAAAAAUAUUUUCCACAUUAAGUAAUUAAAUUCACCCAACACACAGAUCUGGCUGAAUGGUCCUGCCAAAGCCAUAAUCAAUAUCAACAACAACAACAACAACAACAUCGGUUUACAGCAGAAAGAAAAGGUCAGAAAAGUCUUGACUCAUCGGUUUUUAUUUUGGAGUUUGGAUAUCAGCGAGGAGAAAGAAAAAAUAUAACAACAACUGAAAGGCGACAAGAGUUGUGUACAAAAGGAUCAAAAGAAAAGAUUUUUGAAAUUAUGAAUGGUUCACCCUUGUAAUUAUUGUUGCUGGAAAAUUGUGUCGCAAUGGAGAAGAAAAAUCAGGAAGAAGGGGCCUCUCCAGAAGCUAAAAGACCUCGUCGUCCCACCAGAAGCACCGGCCGACCCACUGACCGUCAUAGACACAGCUCGGAAAUGCACAGAGCCAUUGAAGACAAAGAUUUCAAUACCAUUGAAAAACUGUUGAGCAAAGGGGAAACCUUCUGCAACGGCGAGGGACUCAACUGUUUUAUUCUAGCCGCUUGUUCUUGCAUGAAUGGAUCACCCCUGGCUUCUCGAUGGAAAUUCACCCAGAAAAUGCUGAACAUUGAUCCGCAAACGGGACUGUCUGCGAGGAAUACAGACGGUUCUACUUUGCUGAUGAUUUUCUCAAAUUGCCCAGCAAAAAUUGAAUUCUUGGCAAAUUUGGGUGCGAACCUGAAUGAUGUAGACAAUGAUGGUGAUACGGUUUUGAUGAGAUCAUACAUGCACUCCAAUGGUGAUACCAGGGGAUUCUUGAAGCUGUUAGAACUUGGCGCCAGUCCAAAUAUGCCAGCUGGGAACAAAUACCCCAACAUGAUCUCAUUUUUUAUUUCCAAUUAUUGUAUAUCUGCAAAACCUUGUUUCAAGUACCUGAUGAGGCCAGAGUUUUUCAGCAAAAUUGAAGAGUCUCAAUUUAGCGAGAACCCAAUAUUUUCUUGUCUUGAAGGAUACUGUAAACUAAAUCUGAGAACCGCUUAUUCUGAUAGCUCUGAUAGUUUGGAGGAAGUUUUAAAGGACAAGAUUUCCCCUAGAUUCAACAUUCUGGCCACAAGAAAGACAAGCUUGUUUUCCCCGGAAAACGGCUAUCCCGUGUGGAAUAUUUUGAAACAGGUCCUGAAUAUCCCCGAGGAAAUAUUGUUGGAUCCCCAGGGCUACUAUCUAUUCACAGUCAGCCUGCACAGCUUUUUACAUAACGAUCAACCCUAUGAUGCUGUGAAAGUCCAGCUCCGAGCUAUUAGUAAACUUGGCUAUGUUGCUCCAAAAAAUGCAAAAGCUUUGCCCUUAAAUCUGGCUCUCCUCUACAAUGCAAUUCAACGCCAGGGAAUAGAAUCAAUUGUGACAAUAGGACGUGCACCUGCUAGCUUUAUUUGUGAAUUUUGUUUGAAAGAAGAAACAUUCGAUGACUCAUGUCUCGAGAUGCUCAACUUACUAGCACCAUAUUUGUCACUCAUGUCCCUGUCACCACGUCUGAUCGACUCAUUGUCCAAAUUUGCUCAACAAGUGAUGUCGAUGAUCCCAGAGAACCCAUUUGACUUGAUGAAUCAAAUUGUGAUGAACAUGCGUCUGAUGUUUUCACAUUCUCCAAACGAACAGAGGCGUUUUGUCGAAAAUUUCUGCAUGAGACCUUAUAUCUUUUUAGUGUGGUUUUUUAUAAAAAUCUUCCUUGGCCCAAACUGCAGCUUGCGUUGGGACAAAUUUCUGCAUAAAGAUUUGGAUGGGAAAAUUUUAGACAAGGUUGAGGAAUUUCUCAAAUCGAGGAAAAUCACCACUGAAGAUAUUGAGGAAGCAAAUGUUCGAGGAAAAGUGCAAUCACUUGAAGCUUUGAGUGUUUGGUGCGUCAGGAGAAGACUGUUCCAGUGUCGCAAGGAGGGCGAAAAACUUGUUGACUGCGUUAGUAAGUUAGUCGAGAGCACACCAAUCCCAACAUGCAUCCAAAAUGAGCUGCUGCUUUUCAAGUGAUAGUAUUUAUUUGCAAUUUUCAAAUAAUUCCUUAAAAGGUGUUCAAACAAAUAACCACAAUUAAAGAUCCAUGAAAUUAAUUUUGCAUAAAAUCAAACGUAAACAUUGUGUAUUGUCUCGAAAUUAAACUGUGCAGCAAAAAUUACGAAGACUGAGAUUCCUUGUAUCAUUUAAAUAAAAAAAAAAAAUUAUAAA